GAUAUCCACACGUUUCAUGGUUAAUAACCAACCGAGCUCAUGACAAGUGAGAAUCGGAGACGUUAGUUUGUGUUCAGAAGUUGGACGGGAACGUGUGUGUGGCAGCUCCGGGAUUUAACCCGGCGAUUCGCAUGAAACUUCCCUUCCUUAAGAAGCACAAGUGUAAAAAGUAAUAAAAUCCCAGGCAAGAAAUCCUUAAUUACACGUCUCCACAAUUUUACCGAAAUCCGGAGAGAAGAGAAGCAACAGUUUUUUUGAUCUAACAUCAAACGCCAGGAAUUACACAGACGAAGCUUUGGCUUUGAUGGCUGGAGAGCUUUUCCCAAGAGCAGUGUGUUCUAUAAUAGAAAGUUCACAAUAGUCUCAGUGCUUAUCCUUCUGUAAAAAAGAACAAGGAAACUACUUAUCCUCAUAAAUAUAUCAUACAUGUAGAUUUAGCAUGUGCAGACUGAUGAAAGCGUGGCGAAUGCUCAAUACAAUACAUGUUCGGACAAAAAAUUCCACGAGAACAACACGAAAGGGGCCAGAAUUUAAUUCCACACGAAUUGGGUAAAAUUAGAUCUUCCUAUUCAUGCUCAUAGAGUUGGAUGCCUUGAGCUGUGAAAUUAUUGUCGUCUUAUCCAAGCAAAUGAUUAGAUAAAAGUGAAAUGAGUGAAAUGGCCAACUCGAGUGAAAGAAAUAUUCUGGAGGUGACACUGCUGCUGUUACGAGUAGCCUCGUGAGUGAGCAACAUGUGUCUAUUUCCAAUUUACCCUUCACUCUGAGAAGUAUAUUGUGAACAUGAAGAUGUAAUGAACCGAAAACCUGGAGGAGACAAGGAUUCCUAAUAAUCGUACAAAGAUACAACUACGCAAAUUCAAUAUAAAUAUGUGAACUCUCGUGUGUCUCAUUUUGUGUGAAAUGUGCGGAACAAAAUGUCUCGAGGCAAUGGCUGACGAUACCUCGACUUAUUAACUAGCGUUUGUUUGAAACGAAAUUGGAAUGAGCAUAUGGAUAUGUAAUAUGAGCGUUUGUGUGGAUGAUGCACAAUCGAAAUGAGUGAAGUGCUCUUGAAAUGAUGAAGAUGACGGUUUCUUCUGUGCAUGACAUUCUCAUUUCGACGAGAUCAACGACGACGACGAAACUCGAUCAACAACUCCUACUUCAUGGCCCGAGCAUUCCUCAUUAAGCAGGAGAUAAAUCAGUGCAGAAGAUAUGAGCGAGGCGCAACUUCACCGGAAAACUCUCCUCUAAUUGGGACUCGACUUGAGAAGCUUAUUCUCAAGAGUGGUGUACAAGUGUUGCAAUUAAACCUUUUCAUGAGUGGCGAGAUGAGUGAGACUUGUUUGUAUUCUUGACAUCAUCGCCAUCUCGCAAAAUGGCGUGUGUCCUUCCUCCAGAGACAUUAUCGGAAGGGGAACAAUCAGACCAUCAUCUCGUCGCAUCGGCAGCAAAGACAAUAACCUCGUCCUCUUCCUCCUCCGGUGGUGGUGGUGGUGGCGACGGUGGAGAAAGGUACGAUGAGACACAGCACCAACAAGAAGGAGACCACCACCACCAGCAGCAGCAUCAUUCCGGAGAAAGCACGUCUUCAUCCCUCACACCAAUGUCGACCUCAACUCCGACCCCCACAGGAACCACCCCCGUGUCCACACCGCUCCCCACCAGCGUCGCCAGUGUGCCAGAAAUUCCAACCAAGAGCAUUGAGCACACUCUGCUCCCACUGGUUCAACAGAUAACAACUCUGGUGAAUGCCAAAGAACGAUCUUUCUGUUCGGAGCGGACGCUGCGUGCGAUAUCACGCGUGGGACAAUCUGUCAACAUCGCCGUGGAACGGUUCGUCACCGUUGGUGAAGCGAUUGCUGAUGACUCUGAUGAAAUCCGGCCACAAAUGUAUGCAGCCUGCCAAGAGGCUCGAGCUUCAGGUGCAAUGAUAGAAAAAUUGUGUGAUUAUGGGGGCAAAUGCAUCGAAGGGGGAGUUCCUCGCGCAGUUUCGGACCGUGCCGCCAUGGUCCGCGCUGCCAGAUCGCUUCUCGCCGCCGUCACUCGUGUUCUUCUCUUAGCCGAUAGUGUCGUGGUUAAGCAACUUCUUCUCGCCAAAGCCAAGGUCUCGAGCACUUUAACCAGACUUGAGAGCGUUACAAAUUUUACCGAGUUUGUCAAAGCCUUCAGUCAGUUUGGUUCUGAGAUGGUGGAGCUUGCCCAACUCACUGGAGAUCGUCAAGCGGACCUCAAGGAUGAAAGAAGAAGGGCACAAAUGGGGGCGGCACGACAUGUACUCGAGCGGUCCACCUUGAUGCUACUUACGUCUGCCAAGACGGUUCUUAAGCAUCCAGAUUGUCCGAAUUCGAGGGAGAACCGAGAUACUGUUUUUUGCCAAAUGAGGAGAGCCAUGGACCUAAUUCACUACGUCGUGAAGGACGGCGUACUGGACUCAGCAGCCGCCCUGGUUUCGCACCCUUCGUCAUCGUCAGCACAACCAUCCCGCAUUCCCAAACAGGACGAUUGGGAAGGCAACCACAGCUUGAGUUACAGUCUCCAAAGGUUUUUGGACCAGGUUGAGGUGAGUCGAAUGACAAUGUUAGGACCACAAUCACAGUCCAGAACCCAGCUUCCAGCCACCAUCGAGCACAUUAUGGAACGAAUUCAAGACUUUACCGAUUCUGCAUAUACGGCACACGAGCACCGAGAAAACAUCCUACUCCUCUGUGAUCGUGUGAGACUGCAGCUCAACCAGCUCCUGGGGUCCCUCCUAAGGGAUACAAAGGAUGGUGGCUCCCUCGAAGUCGAAAGUGCAAUCGAAGGGACGCUCAAAUCUGUGUAUGAGCUUCGAACCCAGCUCCAAGAGAUUGCACUUCUCCAAGCUGGUGAUAUGGUGAACUCGUCCAAAGAUGCAUCAGAACUGAUCGGCGUUCUCCGCAACGCCGCCCUCACCACAGAUGCUGACCGACUGGACGAAGUUGCCGAUUCCUUUGGGGAGCAUCUCGACCACUCUCAAGAGGUGUGCAAACUUCUUCGUCACAUCAGCCCCACGGACUCGCUCCAUGUGCAAGCCAAAUAUGCUGAGAUUAACUUGAAAAUUUAUGGGCCCCAGUUGGCCGUCGCCGCCCGAGUUUUGUGUUCAAACCCCACUUCCAAAAUUGCCAAAGAGAAUUUUGACGUAUUCUCCGAUAUGUGGCAGUCGCUAAUGGAGGACGUGGCGUCUCUUACCAACGACAUGGGGGAUGUUUGUCGAACGAGAGCGAUGGGGGAUAAAAACUUUUAUAUGUCACUACCGAGGCCAGGGUAUGUGCCUCCAUCUAACAUUAAUCACAUUGGUGGUGGGACUGGCAAUGCCAACAAUCCAGUCAUUGCUGCACAACCUCCCCCACAACCACUCCCUGAAGUUGCAGACCAACAACAACUGGUACCCAUCGAUGAUGAUGGAGGUGCCCUCUACCCGAAACAUGGUACCACAAAGAAACCUAUGAAAGCAGUAAAAUUAGACAAUGAGGAGCAAGAAAAAAUAGCCAAGAGUGCUCUCGAUAUGAAGCUUGUCACGUCUGAUCUGGAAGCUGAAGCUGAGAAAUGGGGCGAGGAAAAUUACAACGACGAGAACAACGAUAUUGUCCGCCGAGCCAAAAAUAUGUCCACAAUGGCAUUUAAUAUGUACCAGUUCACCAAAGGGGAAGGAGCUCUAAGGACGACCCAGGAUCUCUUUACGCAAGCCGAAUAUUUUGCAGAAGAGGCCAAUCGACUUUACAAAGUUAUCCGACAGUUUUCAUAUACGGUCCCAACGAGCGUGGAUAAGAAAGAUCUAUUGGAGAAAGUUGACGAGAUUCCAAACCGAGUGCAGCAGCUUCAAUUUACCGUAAAGAACCCAACGGUGGGUAAGGCUGCGACGUUUACGAAAGUGGACUCUGUAAUCCAAGAGACAAAGAACUUGAUGAACGUCAUCUCCAAAGUGGUCACCACGUGUUUCGAGUGUGCUUCCAAGUACAUGCUUUCAGCAUCGGGUGAUAGCAUUAAUCCCAACCAGUACAAGUUGGACUUUCGUGGUCUGUCUCCCAGAGGACGGAACUCUCCCUACCGGACGGACGCAGAGGAUCAGAGCGGGGGGGCUGGCAUGGGAGAUUCCAAGGUCGGCGGGGGCGGCUCUUCAGAUGGUUCCAUGUGACAGUUCGGAAUGGGCAGAAGGCCCAAAGGCGGAGACGGGCGAAGAACGCGUGUCUCAUUCCUCCUAUUCUAAAUGAACUUCAACUCAACAAGAACCAAAUAUCUCUGUCUGAUUGCUGCGGAUUUCUUAAUUCCGACGUGGAUUCCUUGUUUUGUACAUUUUGCAAUCAACAAAGAACAAAUUCCUUUCAGAGAAGAAUAUGAUAAAGGAAAUAAUUAUAAAAGAGAAGAAGAAGGAAUUCCUGUAACUUAGUUGAACCAGAGAGACGAGAUUUUUUGAAUCCGUAUUUUUUUCUUUCUUUUUUACUACUGCAUAUACUGCAGAGUUCUUGGGGGAUUACUAUAAUUUACUCCCAAAUGUAUACUAGUAUGAGUAUAGUUCUUUCUAAUUCCAUAUCUGGUAUACUUUUAUGUCUUGAAUUUUUGCGUGGUACAAGCCUCUUUUAACACGAGGAGGAAUUUAAGUUACUCAAUUCAAGGUCACUUAAAUUACUAAAUGAUUUAGUAAUUUGGGUUACGUCUACUUAAUUAUUUAGGAGAUGAAUAUAUUUAGUUUUAGCUGGAAAUGUAAUUUUUUUUACCUGAUAUGUUCCCAUUUUCCAUCAAGGUCUCUCUCUACAUAAAAUCUCAAUACUAAUAAUUUACUAAUCUUCUCAGCAGCAAAAUGCCAAAAUUUAUGAAGCGUCAAAUUCUAUGAAGCGGCAGGAUGACAGGAGUCAUCAUGAUCCCCUCCACUUACACAACUACUAAAUAAAUAUAACAAAACCACCAAGGUUUGUAACUGCAUGUUGUAUAGAUCUACUAAAUUUCUAACAUUGUUAACCCUGAAACAGGUAGAAAGGUCAUAGACGUCCGUGCUAUCCAAUAUAAUCUAUUAUUGCUCAUAUGCUCCAUCUUUUUGAUAAAUAGAAGCAAUUUAUUAUUGUGAUUGAUUGACGUGAAAGUGGAAGAGGCGGUGGCGGGGUAGAUACACACGAGAUAUUUUCGAGCAGUCAGAAAUAAGUGGGCAACCAAUUUUCCUGAGAUAAAUGGCUCAAAUCCGUCUUCCUCCCUUUCCCUUUCUGUCGUCAAGAAAGUGGAUUUGGUCAAGGAGAUGGAAAGAUCAGACAAAUAUGACAGGGAUUAAAAAACCUCAGGCUGCUGCUCAACCUACAAAAGGGCUGGCACAAUUAUAUAAGACCUUUGAUUGAAAAAUUACCCCAUCAAAAAUAAAUCCAACUAUGCGCACGUAACAAUUGUGUCCCAAUAAUGUCUCCAUCGCAGAAAUCUAUCUUCCUUCGCUCUCGGUCGUAGUAUUUCUAUCUGGCAAAGAAAAGGUGAAUGCUAUUUUAGUUUCCUUCUGGUCGCUCACGUUCUUCUUCUCGACCCCUUCUCAUGAUUCAUCAAGAAGAUCUUAUUUUUGUACCUCUUUUCAAACUCAGCCCACUUCUUAUUUCCACUUGAUCCAAUAUUCUGGGUAGCGUACCUUUUCCUACCUUAUUAGAUGAUGAUCUUUCCGUUUUGAAAUUAUUUUCAAUCAACCAGUAUAGUUUUUCUUUGCCUGUAAUACUCUUCUACUGCGUUACUUAUCAAAUAAGUACCACAACUCAACAAUACGUACGUAUACGUACUUAUACAUACCUGCAAUUAUAAUGUGUAUUGUUUUGGAUAGCAUAGUUCCAAGGCCAUGCUGAAAUUAAAAGUUAAAGUCAUUGGCAAAGUUCAGACAGCCGUGACCUUGAUUCGCUUAUCUAAUCGCUUUGAAAUCAGUGAACGAUAACGUUCAGGCAAAAUAUUACAACUUACUUGAUUCGGUGUCACUUCAACAUAGCUAAUGCCAAUCCUAUAAAAAUCAGUUAUGUAUUGGUAAUAAAUAACACAGAGUGAACAAACACUACACAACGAAUCAUCUCAAUGGUAGAUGUUCCUUUUAAGCAAUUAAUUCAUGAACGCUGCUCUAAGUUUCGCCUGCUGUGCUCAAUAAUUUCGCAGGAUAAUAAAUAUUAACGCUGCUCGUCUGUUUAGAUUAGAAUUAUAUUGCGAUGAUUUUUUGGUCUUACGCUAAUAUAAAUGUAUGGAUAAGGUGAAAAGUAAUUUUGCAUGACUAACACAAUUUAAAACCAAUGUCUAUGUCAAUCAGUUGUCUUUGUCUUCCAGUAAUUUCCCUGAGCAAGCAAGGGCAACUUUUUCAACAUUCCUUAUUGAGUGAGUGAUUGGUUUAUUAGUAAAAAGAGUAGAAUAGACUAAUAGAUAUAUAGACAACUACAAAAAAAUAAUUCACAUCCAUAGUUCAGGUACUACUAAACUAUGUGUCCAGGCAGAUGAAAUACAUGAACACUGUAACAGUUACAAUCAAAAUACUAUAUCACGAAAGUUGACAGCUUUUACUUUUUGACACUCGGCUUGAACAAAGUUGUAGCGAAUGUAUGGAAUUCCUGUGUCAUUCUUCACUGCUACAUGUGUAUAUUUACCUCAGCUUCUUGUAGUAUGUAAAAGAAAGCACGAUUAAAAACCAGGUUAUUUAUGUAUGCACGUAUCAGUUUGCAGUCAUAUAAAUAAUUAGCUGCACAAGUGAAAACAAUCAAAUUUGUAAUUUACAAAAAAAAGUUUUAUGAAAUACUUGCCAUGAAACCAAUUUUUGUUCAUGAUGAUGAUGAUGCACACGUACAAUCACUAAAUGUAGCUUGAACACGGUUAAAUAUUACAUAAAUUUGCAUUUUGUAAUGGAACCCGAAAACAAAUACUGACCUUUCAUAGCAUAUAUUUGGCUAAAUAUACGAUGGGGCAAUCUUUAAAAUAUACGUAUGUACUUUGCACUCUUGUUAUUGUGAUGAAACAGUAUGCUUUUGAUGUCCUUCCUCUUAAAUUGUUUGCCUUUUCGUAAAUAUGUGUCGCUUCAUAAUUACUGCGUACUACUGUACUUUUCCUAAAAUUACAAAAUGGUAAAGUGGGUUUGAUUUUUAUUCUAGGAUGGUAUUAGCAUCUUCUCAAUGUGUGUGUCGUACCUGCUUAAUUGUUAAGUGCGAUAAUAUUUAUGAGUAUAUGGAUUCGUGUGCGUGAUUUCUGCUGUUUUUAUACACGGUGAAAAAAAGCACCGACAGUGAUACUCGUUCUACUUGUCUCGUGUAAUGUAAAAAUAUUACAAGAAAGGAAUUGUACCCCUGUCUAUUUUUAUGAGAAAUAUAUCAAAUUCCUGUCAGGCGAUAUUAAUUGUAAAAUAUAUGAAAAUGCUUCAACAUAUAUAUUAAAAACGUUAAAAAAUAGAAUGCGCUGUCAAAAAAUAUUGUAACUGCCACUCAUGAAAUUAUUCAUCUAUGUGAAGUAGCAAUUAUAAAUAGAUACAUAGAUGACCUAUGUACUUGGAUUAUAUACUAUGGCCAAUCUAAAACAAACACGAGGUUUGCUCCUUAAUCUGUCAUUGUUAUAGCUAAAUAUCUGUAAUAAUCAUACCCCGGACAAAUAUUUUUUUAUCCUACCCUACUCGUGUUGAGCUCAACAUGAGUAGGGUAGGAUAAAAAAAUAUUUUUCCGGGGUAUGGUAAUAAUGGUUUGCCAAACAUGAUUUACUAAAGGACAUUAAUUUAUUAAUUCUAACCCGCAAAAAUAACGGGGGUUGGAUUUUCUCCUUGUAUAGUAAAUACAUAUUUCCUUAUUAGUAAACCAGAUAACAAAGCUGUAUUACGAACGCCCAAAAUAACAGGGUUACAAUUUUCAACUUUCGUAUUUAUUUCAGUCCAAAUUCCUUUAAAGCUUAAAUCUGUCAUAAGUUAUUUUAUAUGAAAAACAGACAAAUCAACGAAUUUUGUUACUUGAUGGCAAUGCGUGUAAUGAUAAGGAGCUGCUAUGUAAUUUACAUAUGUGUAUGCAUUAAAAGUUUUUUCUUAAACACUUCAGUAUGUUUCACUACAGUAAACUUACGGAAUAUAUUAUGGAAUGUAUAAGAAGAAAAUCAAAAGAUAUUCAAAAAUAAAAAAAAGUAUCUUAAAAACUA